AUGGGCGCCCAGGAGGGACGACGCGUCAAGACCCUGAUCAUAGACAACUACGACAGCUACACGUACAAUCUGUUCCAGCUUGUUGGGGAGGUGAAUGGAGAGGCGCCCACGGUCAUCAGGAACGACGACAGGACCGUUCAGGAGCUUCGGCACCUGCACAGCGAAGGAGGCUUCGACAAUAUCGUCAUAUCCCCCGGCCCAGGAACACCCUAUAGGCAAUCAGACAUAGGCGUGUGCGGUGCCGUCUUCGAAGAGUUCGCGGACGUCCCAAUUCUUGGCGUCUGCAUGGGGCAUCAGAUCCUUGCUCACGUGCACGGCGGCGCCGUCGUGCGGGCUCCGGAGCCUGUGCACGGCCGCGUUAGCGAGAUUCGCCACUCGGGCCAUCCCCUGUUCCAUGGCAUCCCUUCUGGUCAAGGGAGUGGCUUCAAGGUGGUGAGGUACCAUUCGCUGGUGGUGGAGGAAGCGACCCUGCCAUUCUGCAUCCAGGCCAUAGCAUGGACAGCUGGGGCGCUCAAGGUCAUAAGGCCCCCAACUGCACAGAACGGGGCACCUCACAGGCAGCUCAACACAACCGAUGCCCUUCCAAUGGCGGUGGCUCACAGAACUCGGCCACACAUGGGUGUCCAAUUUCAUCCAGAGAGUGUAGGCACUGCAUACGGGAUGCAGUUGUUGCAGAAUUUUAGGGACAUCACUGUACAGAAUGUGGAGCUGCCAGCAGUGAAGCCCACAGUGAAUCGUGUGGGCCCCCGGGAACUGGAGCUGGCUCCCCUUUCCUGGCCUGUUGAUGCACAAGGCUGGAAAGGAAACUUGGUGGUUGAAUGGAAACGUUGUGCAGGCGUUCUGCAGGGCAGUCCUGAGGAGCCGACUGAGUUGUUUCAUGGCUUGUUUGGUGCCGCCAAUGUGCAAGACACUUUCUGGCUGGACAGUGCUGCAACAGAUCGUGGGCGCUUUUCUUUCAUGGGGGGCCCAGGUGGAGCUCUGUGGCGGCGCAUUACAUACCGCCUUAGCAGGCACACCUCGAAGACUGGCUGCCCAGGAAACCUGCAGGUCAUGGACUCACAUGGCAAUCAACAGUCCAUGGGCUGCGAUCUGUGGGACUACCUUGAGAGUUGUUUGGCAGACCUGCAGAUUGGUGUGACAGAUGAUCUUGCUCACCACCUGCCAUUCAACUUCUGGGGUGGAUUUGUGGGCUAUUUUGGAUACGAGCUCAAGGCCUUGUCUGAGGGGACCCUGGCACACUGCUCGUCACUUCCCGACUCAGCACUUUUCUUUGCUGACCGUCUUGUGGCAGUCGAUCACAAGUGUGGUGAUGUAUAUGCCAUAGCCAUAAGGAGGGAAAUGGAGGCAUCAGCAGAGUCCUUGAGGUGGCUUGAUGCCACCAAGGAACGAGUGAUGGAGAUUCUGGAGAAGGGUGGUACAUGCCAUAUGGUGAAUGGGAGUAAUGGCCCCACUGUCCCAGCACCCAAUGGCGGGGCAGCGAGGAAUCCGGAUUUCGCCCUGGUCCGCGACAGGGCGACGUACAUGGAGAACAUCAACGCCUGCAUGGCCGCCCUGAAUGCCGGCGAGAGCUACGAGAUCUGCCUGACCAACGCGUACCGACGAGGCCAGGGCGGCUUGGACCCUUGGCGCCUGUACUCCGUCCUCCGGAAGAGCAAUCCGGCGCCCUACGGCGCGUGGCUGAGCUUCGGCGACGGCGGGCCCCAGGUAUGCUGCUCCUCGCCGGAGCGCUUCCUCAGAGGAGACCGCGGGGGGGUCCUUGAGGCCCGGCCCAUCAAGGGCACGUGCGCCCGCCACGCCGACCCCGCCCUGGACCGACAGGCCGCGCAGAGCCUGGCGACAUCAGAGAAGGAGCAGGCGGAAAAUCUGAUGAUCGUGGAUUUGCUGAGGAACGACCUGGGGCGCGUGAGCGAGGUGGGCAGCGUGCACGUGCCCGGCCUGAUGGAGGUGGAAUCAUAUGCGACCGUGCACCAGCUGGUGUCUACGGUUCGCGGCAUCCGCCGCCGGGGGAAGUCCAUGGUCGAGUGCAUCAGGGCGGCGUUUCCGGGGGGCUCCAUGACGGGCGCCCCCAAGAUUCGAUCCAUGGAAAUCUUGGAUGAGCUGGAGGCCGCGCCAAGGGGGGUGUACUCGGGCGCCAUUGGCUACCUCAGCGUGAACGACACGUUCGACCUCAACAUCGUCAUCAGGACGGCCGUGGUGCACCGGGGUGCGAUAACCGUUGGGGCGGGCGGCGCCAUAGUGGCGUUGUCCGACGCGGCGGGGGAAUACGAAGAAAUGACUUUGAAGGCGCGGGCGUUGUUGAAUGCGGCCUUGCUGUCCGAAAGGCAGUUCGGCGCAGAAUUUGCGGGCGCCAGCGGCAGGGUUUGA